AUGCUGGGGAUUUAUCCCCGACUCCUCAGCAGGCCACUGGCUUAUAGCUAUACUGCACGAGCUCUUGGGACGGUCGCGAAUCCAUAUAAGCAUGCCUUCAUACGUCAUGAGGUCCUACGAACAUUUGGUAGUGAGAGGUACAAGUCCACCAUAGCUGGGGACAACAGGUCAGGGCAUAUUGAGGCAGGAAAAAAUGAGGGAAUCUUCUUUAUUGACAAUGUCUUCCCUCUCAAGCUCAACUUCAUAAUGUGGCUCCCGUUCAUCGACGUUGAAAAACUCGUGCCACAACUCGCACACCCAGAUCCAGCGGCAGAUCCUGGAAAACUUGCUGAGCGCGCCCUACCGAGCAAGCUGAACAUACGAGUGACAGAGGUCCUACCGCGCGUCGCAGAGGGUGGUGCGUUCAUAAAGUUCUCCCAUGCGCCGGAAGAUGAAGUAAAAACAAUAGAGAAGAGGGUCAAGAAUUUUUUGAAGGACAAACCUAUCAAGCCGUGGUUCAAUCCUUUCCAGCGCGUGAGGACGUCUCUCGUCCAGGGCAGACCGUGGGUUGAGGAUCUACAUCGUUGGCCAAAUACUAGAGUGAAGGUUGAAUUUGUACCGACAUUGCCCGGACAAUCCGCUGAGGAACUAUCUCAAGAGACUCUGUAUUCGCUGUUCCGAAGAUAUGGUAAGCUAGCAGAUAUCAAACCUCAGCCUGCGGACUCGAAAGAUCUUCCCAAGUACGCCUACGUCACCUUCAGCAAGGUCAGGCAUGCGAUUAUGGCCAAGAAUUGCAUGCAUGGAUUUGUCGUGCCUGUUAGCGAGGGUGGAGGCAACCAGGGGACAAUGCUGAAGAUAGCCUACGAUCAAAAACGAAAGGCGCACUGGAUCUGGGAUUGGCUCGUCAGUCACCCGAGGUUCGUCAUUCCGGCUCUGCUCGCAUUCGUUGGGACGGUCACUGUUGCCGUCUUUGACCCUAUCCGAACAUUCUUUAUUAAGGCUCAUGUUACGCGCACUUUCCAUAUCAAGGACAACAGGAUUUACAAAUGGCUCAGUUCUCAAGCAUCCAGAGCUACUGACGUCCUGAGUCUGAGACGUCACCGGACCGAGGAUGCAGGCUUGACUGCUAUAUGGGAGGAUCGCAAGGACGACAUCAAUCAGAUUCAGACUUGGCUCAUGGAGAGCGCAGAUACUUUUAUCGUCAUACAAGGACCCAGAGGCUCAGGCAAAAAAGAGCUCGUACUGGAUCAGGCACUAAAGGGUCGCAAGAACACCUUACUCAUUGACUGCAAGCCCAUUCAGGAAGCCAAAGGCGACAGUAGCACUAUCAGAGCGGCCGCUCUCGAAGUUGGAUACAGGCCGGUCUUCUCGUGGACGAACAACAUCAGCAGCUUGCUGGACCUAGCAGCGCAGGGUACCAUUGGUACGAAGACCGGGUUCUCGGAGACCCUGGACGCACAGUUGGCGAAGAUAUGGCAGAAUACGGCGAAUGCGCUCAAGCAGAUUGCGUUGGAAGGCCGUUCUAAGGACGAUAAAGAUUCCGAUCUCGACGAUGAUGCCUAUCUUGAAGCGCACCCUGAGAGACGACCCACAGUAGUUCUCGACAAUUUCUUGCACAAAUCCCAAGAGAACAGUGUCGUUUACGACAAGGUCUCAGAGUGGGCCGCAGGACUCACAACAGCGAAUAUUGCUCAUGUGAUAUUCCUCACUAAUGACGUGUCCUUUUCAAAGUCUCUAAGCAAAGCACUUCCGGAUCGAGUCUUCCGUCAAAUUGCUCUAGGGGACUGUUCUCCAGAAGUUGCCAAACGCUUCGUCAUCAACCACUUGGAUGCCGACGCUGAUGAGGGUGGCGGCCCGGAAAAGAAACCAAAACCUUCGGAGAUGCGCGAGGAUCUAGCAGAACUUGAUGACUGUAUCUCAACCUUGGGAGGUCGCUUAACCGAUCUCGAGUUUCUUGCAAGACGGAUUAAGACUGGUGAAACGCCCAAAAAAGCCGUUCGCGAGAUCACAGAUCAGUCUGCUUCGGAGAUCCUAAAGAUGUAUAUCUUGGACAGCAGCCCUCGUAAAUGGACAGCUGAACAGGCUUGGCUCAUUGUCACAUCGCUUGCGUCUACGGAAUGCCUACGCUACAAUGAGCUUCUGCUGUCAGAUGUUUUCAAGUCAGGAGGCGAAGCUACGCUUCAAGCUCUCGAACAGGCCGAAAUGAUCUCGAUUGUGUCUUCGAAUGGUCGGCCGACGAGCAUAAAACCCGGCAAACCUGUGUACGCGGCGGCAUUCAGACAGUUGACCGAAGAUCAUGUCCUCAAAGCAAGACUUGAUUUGGCGAUACUUACCGAAAUGAUCAAAGUUGAAACAGCAGGCAUAGAUAAGUAUGAAGCUGAGCUCAACCUACUCGGCAACCUACCAGGGCAGCCGAAAGAAGUCCGGGGGAGGGUUAGGUGGUUGCUCGGAAAGUUAUGGACUGGACAGGAGAAGGUCGAGAAGUAUGAAAGGGAGAGCGGUGGCCUCAAAAAAAUACUACAGCAGGAGUUCUAA